AGUGACCUUUAUUCCCCUGACAUAGUUCGAAGUAUUACCCAAAGCUUUGAACUCAAGGUCACGCCAUUACUUGGAAUUAUUUUCGUACACACUUAGAAAGAGGUGAACAAACUGUAGUACAUCAUGAACAAGACGCCAAAAAAUCUGUUUCUAGAAGGGGACCCCCACGUUAACCACCGCACGAAUAACGAUAAACCCGAUGAGAAAUAAGGCACUUAAUAUACUCUACGAUUUUUAGAAAGUCAGAAGAAGAUUUUCCCAAUAAACCCCCGCGGAGAAACAUGAGCAGGCGACAUCUUUCGCUUUCUUCAAUCGCACUGUUUGUGCUUUAUUACCCGGCGCACGUUAUUCAGUCCGCCGGCGCCUUCGAGUUUCUCCGCGUGUUAAACACAGAAAAGAACCAAGCGAAAGGUGGAUCACUAUCUGGUACAGCGAGGAAGGAGAAGCUUCUGGCGUCGAAGGUAAUAGUACAGUCGCAAAAACAGCAAGCAGGGAAACAAGGAACCAAUCCAGGAGCGACAGAGGUCGCUGUGGAUUCCUUAAAGGAAGGAGAACAAGUUUUGUCCAGCAGCACAAAUGCAGCUGCGGAUAACCAGGGAGUUGUAUUGCAAGAACCCAACAACGACGAGGAUGUUGAAUCCGCCCUCCUGCAGGCGGGAGAACUAUCUCAAGAACCUUACGGAAUUAGUACAACAACUUCUAGCAGGAUUUCUCUUGCCAGAGGUGCAGCAACGAGACAAGCCGGAGCGGUUUUGCAGCCACAGCCCGCGCUGCUUACGAGUAACAAGAAUCGCAUCAGUCUCUCGAAAAAUUACACGAUGUACGUGGAGGAAGACGAAAAGCUGCUUGAUAAUGCAGAACUGACGAGUCGAGCCAGCGAAGCAUUCGUCGACGAGUUGAGAACGUCGGUCAUUCAGGAACAAGACAAACAACGGCUUUACAAUUCGGAGGUAGAACAACGAGGGAGCAAACGACGAUAUCAUGACUCGUCUGCGAGGACAUCUGGAUCUACUCGACGGGAGUUCAAAUCAACCAACGAUUUACUGUACCACGAUCCAGCCAUGGCGAUUUAUGACGCAAUUCUGCCACCAGCUUCAAGCUCAACCGGAAAUGGGGCCCCUACUUCGUCCGAAGACGAACGCCGCGAUCAUUCCAGGGAAAUCGGAGAGGAGGAUAUCAUCGACACAACGACCGAAGUUGGAGAGGACGAAGAGGACCUAGAAGCCCCAGCAGCUACCCCGACUUCCGCUUUUCUCUUUCUGCAAGAACUUUCGCAAAUGAGUACAACGACUACACGUGUAAAACACCAAAAGCUGUCCACGUCCACCCAAACUAAAGGCCAAGGCACCGCCGAUACCUUGUGUUUCGUCUCCCUGAUCCUCUGUUUGAUCGGCGGCGCCGGGCUGGUGAUUCUCACUUUCGUUUGCUGUCUCUCCGCCCCCGACCCCAGUCAGGAACUUUUGGAAAAACGGCUCGCGGAGGUGAAUACGAAUUUAGACAACGCGGUCAACGCGGAGAGAAAAAGAAAGCAAGACAUUCUAAACGCGGCGACAGUUGACGUAACCGAAGAGGGACAACUAGACCGGCUGGAAAUGGAGCAGAAGAUGGAGGAAAUUAAGAUGAAAUUGAUGGAAAAGGAAAAACUCGCAGUCCUAGCGGGGCAUAAAGACGAUUUCUCUAUCCAGGACGACGAGGAAUUCUUAACGUUACCACCCGAGGAGCUAUCAAGUGCAAAUAUGUCUGGGUGGUCUGGAAGAAUGCGCGACUUGCCAUGCAGCUUUUCCAUGACCCAUGAGGUCUGGAAUGUAGGACCUAGCAUGACAGAUUCUGCGUGAUGAUCUCUAUCACGCCUCCCGUGCAUGAGAAACUCCGUCUCGACUUGGGCUAAACUGGACGACUUUUGGUAAUCAUGCAACACAGAUUUUUGCAUGAUUCAGAUUUAGCAUGACAAGUUGCAUUCUUCCAGACCCAGACAUAUUUGCAACGCAUAGGAGCAGGAGAAACUCAAUACCGCGAUCAAAUUUGCGAAACUGGGGAUCAAGGAAGAUGUCGACGGGAUCUACUCCAAUACUUCGGGUAAGAGCUCUCUUGCGGGGGCUUCCGCCUCGGAACCCGACGAUGAUAAGUCACACAUCACCGGCACGACAACCGAGGAAGAUAUGACACCAGUAGGUAGUGAGAAGUCGGGAACAACAUCAAAGGAGAGUUCUUUCAACUCCGAAAUCUCCGAAGCGGAUUACGAACAGUUCGAAAUUAAUAUGCCUUGCAAAUAUCCCUGGAUGUCUGGAAAAAUGCAAGCUUGUGAUGCGCAUUUCACAACACAAAAAAACCUCUCAUGCAUAGACAGCAAAAGUUGCCCACUUUCUGUCACCAAAAUGGGGCAUUAGUCAUGGGGAUUCGGCAUUGCGGAAGCUUUUCGAAAUCUGUGAUGCUAGAGCUUCCAUUCUAGACCUUCUGUGUCAUGCAAAAGCAGCAUGACUCUUCCAGACGGAGACAUAUUUGCAUUUGAUAAUCAAGAAGGUGCAGCAGCUGAAAAAAGCGAGUACCAGAUCUGGCCUCGGUCUCGGUCUCAUUUCCGAUACCGAUGGUAACAUAACCCCCGCGGAGUUGAGCUCGUUAUCCGACGGCGACAAAACCCCGCACGGAUCGAUCAAUAUGCAAAGAAAAAAGUGUUACAGUUACGCAUUGUGUUGCAAGAGGAGCAAGACAGACGAUUUCUGUCAUGCGCAAAAUGCUUGCGAGACUCGUUUCGUGUGUGUUUUGCGACGUUAGGAUCUCUGCAUUACAAGUUUAUUUCUCCGUCAUGCGAGGCAAGUUUGUGAUGCUGAAUUCGCUACAAAUGUGUAACUGUAACUCUUUUUUCCUUGGAUAAUCAAGAAGCACCACCUACUCUCCGCUGCCGCGAAAAGGAAGAUCCGGGCUAUGGGAAGAUUAGAAGUCGGGUAUCAAAAGGAAACAUGACCCCUCCCCAUAUCGAAAACGAAAUUUGUGAUGCUGAUUUGAGUACACAAAUCGACUUGCAUUGCUAGAAGGCCAAGCGACGCAGUUUUGGCCUGAAUUGCAGGCAUAUAUUGUCAUGCUGUUUCCCACUUGUCUAGUUGCCUCCUGUCAUGCUGAAGAUGUAAGGCGUUCUCACGCACCCCAGCACUACAGUGUCUACAUCUUUUGCCCUCUAGCAUGACCAAGCUGAUUUGUGGCCCCAAAUCUGCAUCACAGAUUUCCGUUUUGACAUGGGGAGGGGGGAUUUUUCCUUUCGAUAUCGGGAAAUCACGCGCGAAGGAGAGAAGGCAAUUGCAGUUGCAGGCCCGUGGGAUGGCCGUUUUCUCCAGUGACGACGAUGACCAUGAGACGCACUUGCACCACCACGAUCAUGACCACGACGAAGACGCGGUGAACAUCAUGCACAUGUCGGUGACGGCGGGAAGCCGGAAAGUUUCCGAAGCGUUGGCCCAGGCGAAUUUGAGUAUGAGUUCAAACAAAAGCAAAGAGUCCUCCAACGACGCAACUGCGGGAAUUGUAACUGCGAGCGGUGGCACAGGCACUAGAGCCACAGCAAAAUCGAUGGCAAAGUCUUCGUUCCGAAGCAAUGCGUCGAAGAAAAGUAGUGCCGCGGGAACAUCAAAUAAGGACGAAAUGCACAAAACCAAGAGCAGCGCGUCUUUAGGUAAUAGUAGCAACAAGAGCGCCGCGCGAGACGAAAUUCCGCCUGGUGCUGGUUUUGUUGCCUCCGACCAAGAAGUAGAAAGCGACCUGUCCGACCGAGAGGCGAAGGAAGAUUUAGCCGAUUGGAUGGCGAAGGAUUUCCGGGUGGGAAAAGCCUACGCGAAGAGACUCGCGGAGCAAAUCUACACAAAAAAAGCGAUCAACAACUCGUUUCAACAAAAUUCCUCGAAGGCGCAUCAGCCGGUGCCCGGAGUGGUUGGUGGAGACGUCGGUGUCGAGGGUACUACGAGUCUGGGUGUUGCGGUUUCCCAGUCCUUCGUGGUUCCACCUGCGCUGCCUAGCUCCACGUCGCCCACAAGGCAGUCCGCUGCGCAGAACAUUGGAAUGUCAGUGAACGCACUAGCAAAUCACCGCGCAACACAACAGCAAGAGCAUGAAAAUGCCGAGCACAUUGUGAUGCCGAAAUUGAAAAAAGACACCGAGCACAUGAAGGAGCACGGGCUAGAUCCGAAGAACUUAACCGUUGGGGAACUCAGGGAGAAAGUCGCCGAGAAACGAAUGAAGGAAUUGAAUGUACAAACGCGGGAAGACGAGAAAAACAAGCCGGGGUUCUUCAAAUCCUUUUUCGGGAAGACUCUGGAUGUGUUUUCCUCAAAGAGGAAAAACAAGCUCGAUCCAGAGGGAACAACAGCAAAUAAACUCGCCGGGAUGAAAAAAGAGAGGAAAAAGAAGAAAAAACAGUUUGGAGUCGAACCAGGGAACGCCGAUUACACCAUCAUUUCCAUUCCCGAGCAACGGUACGCGGAAUCGAUUUUGACCGUGACUGGAAAAAUCCCGAAGCUGUACGCGAAGAGGCUGGCGAAACAAGUCGCAGAUCCGAACAAUGGGAAUGAGCAGCUGAUCAGUAAGCCGAAUUACGUCGUGAAAAACAACAAGAAGGAGAUGAAAACUACUAGUAGUAGUGCCGUGGGUAAAAAUAAUAAAGAUUAUCGUCCUUCGCAAAUCACGACAACGACAGUCAUCAGUAAGAAAACGGGAAAGGAGCUUACCAAACUGGUUGACCUCAAAGCGAACAAGAAGGCGUACAACUCGAUGAAGAAAAUUGGGUUUGAUUUGGAGAAGGAUGGGGACUCUUUAACCAUCGGGGUUCUGCGCAACUGGAUUAACGCGGCCGAAGCGGAGCAAGACGUAAACCACAGUAUCGACAAUCAGCACGGCACCAGUCCGCUUUCGAGGAAUAAUCACUCGUUUUUGGGGCAUUUGUUACGCUCUUCCGCUGCGGCGAAAACCGACGGUUUGGCAAACGUGGAAAUCCAUAUUCACGCGAAUUUGUCGAACGCGUCGACCCUGAAACCGGGCGCGAGUGUGUUGGACAGUUUUAAAAAUAUGAACACGACGAUGAAGCAACAAAGUCCAUCUUCUUCGAAGAACAUGUUGAAAGGAGCUGCUUUGCCUUUGAAGGGUCAGAAAACGGCGGAAAAUCUGGGCGCAGGAGCACUAGUUUCUGCUCCCGCGGCUCAGGGAGAUGCUCUUAACGUAACUUCUUACCCGGGAACAAUCAUCGACCAAUCCCCGUUAGCCGACGCCGUGGCCUCCUCUCUGUUCCGCCGCGCGGGGGCAAAAUCUGCUGGCGACAAAGACCCAAAUUCAAACAAUUACCGCCCCGCCGGGGCAAGUGAGUUGGAGAAAACCUAUGGAGUCUACCAGAUGGAAGUCGCUUUAACAACCGCGGGGUUUACGAAAGCAUCGGCGAAGAAACUGACGGUAUGAAAUGCAAUUAUGUCUGGGUCUGGAGAAGUGGAAUCUGUAUUGCGUGUCUUGCACUCCUGUAAAAUCUGUAUUGCAUGACCACCAAAGGCGCGAACUCUUUGUCAUGCGAGAACGCAGUUUCUCAUGCGCAAUACACAUGGACAUGAGGAAGCGUCCUGAAAAUUUGUCAUGCUUGGCAGCAUCCAGGAGUAUGCUCAGUCAUCGCCACUUAGCAUCGUAAGUUUCCAGACCCAGACAUAUUUGCAAUGCAUAGACGGAGAAGUUGAUCGACUCAAGUAUUCCCCCAGAUACAAAUCUGCUCGCAACAGCGGACACGGAAAGCAAUAAGAUCGAGCGGGUUUCCACGGCGAAGAAGUCGGAGUUUGAGCAGCUGUUAUCGUCCGCGUUUGGGAUGAUCACCGGGACAGCUUCAGCUGCGGAAGAUGAACCAGAUAAAGAAAAGCCAGUCGUUGACGAAACGGUCCAACAAGAAAUUCGGAAAUCCUCGUUAGCUAGAUUGCAGUUCCAAAAAUCCGCGAUCACGAUACAGGACGUGCGGGACAAGCUUUUCACGGAAAUAAAACUGAAAAACCAGGAAGACACGCUGCUAGCGAACAUCCCCGUGGAUUACGAAACGGCAGAGAUUUCCUUAGUCUCCGCUGGGUUCGAGCGGUCAAUCGCACGGAGGUUAGCGGUGCAGGUGGCGGACCCAACGGUUUACGCGGAGGAAUUGUUGUUCACACACGAGAAAAAGGAAGUACAAGUAGUAGGAGAGCAGCAAAACGUACCAGUUGUUCCAGAUGUUGAAGGUGUAGUAGUAUCACCACCGCCACCGCCAAAACUCGAACAACCAUCUUCCUCGUCCCCCGCAGCCGAUCUCCUUGCCGCGCACAUUACCGAUGGGAAGAGGAUUCUCCAGAAGAUGGGGCUCGGCUUGGAAAACGAAACCGUCGGCAGGUUGCGGAAGUACUUGAACCAGUUGAUAGAAGAGAAGAAAGUGGAGAAAGCGGCGGAAGACGUUUUGCGAAUGCAGCAAGAGAAAAACGCCGUGGCCAUGGGAAUUCUGCCGGCGACAGCGGUGUCACAGCAACAGCUGCAGCACCCACCGCCUGAAGUGACUGGGACUACUACACCCGCAGGAACGGCUGAGACGCAACCGCUCAUCGGAGUGGGAACAUCAACUACUGCCGCCACGACCCCGGGAACAGCAGCAGCUGCCACGGCAUCAGCAACUACUUUUGGUAGCCCGCACCAGCCCAUCACUGGUAAGGAAGCGUACCGGGCGCUUGUAGCAACCGGAUUCAGCAAAAAAGGCGCUACCAUGCUCGCGAAAACCUUGUUACGGAAAGCCGGGCUGGAUUUACAACCCGAUGAGUUCGAACUCGCUUUGCGGGAUGGGCUGAAGCAGAAGGCGAAGGAAAUGAAAGAACUACGGAAGUUGAACACGAAACAGAUGGGGCUUGGGUUCUCGUCUGGGGGAAGUAGUAGUACGACAAAUAUGAGCUUGGGGGCGACGAAUAGUUCUUCCUUCAAGAAUGCAAUGCUGGGACGAACAUCAGACGGGGGCCCUGACACUGCAGGAGCUACUCUCGCUGGUACAGGAGCGCCUGCUACCGAAGGAGCAGAUGUCCCCACGACCACCGAAACAGCAGCAGCAACCCCACAACAAGCCGCCGGCGAGGGAUCAGCACAACAGCGAUUUUCGGAAGCGUCCAUUCAUAGCAUUUCUAGCACGGAAUCGGUGGAACGGCAAACAAGGCAGACGCAGAGCAAGUUUGGGGUCCAUAUCAAAUGUAAAACUGUCUGGGUCUGGAAACUUGUGAUGCUGGGUGGCGUCUCAUGAUGAGGCCACAAGUGCAGGCUCAGCAUGACAAGUUUGUGACGAGCUUCUAGGUGUUGCCUAUUCUGCAUGGCAAACUGCGUUUCUGCAUCACACAAAAAUGGGGCUCUUGGGUAACGUGCAUGACAGAUUUAAGAGUCAUGCCAGACAAGCAUGACAAACAUGCAUUCUUCCAGACCCAGACACUUUUGCCUUUGAUAGUCCAAAGGAAGACGCCGGAUAGUGCAUCUUUGUCCCGCAAGAAGCUGCAGCUAUCCGGAAUCUCGGAGCAGGGAAGUACUGCACCAGCGCAUGCUAUGGAUGUGUCAGGAUCGAAAUCGACGAAAUCGAAAUGAUUUGUGAUGCAUAUAUAAAAUGCAGGGCACGGAAGGCCUGUAUUGGGGAGCAGGCAAAUGAGACCGAUUGCAAGCCUGUUUAGGGGUAUGCAAUGUGCUGCCAGAGUAGCACGACAGGAGGAGUCUUCUUUGCCCAAACAGCAUGACAGACUGGAUUUGGGUGCUCCCGAAAUUCGUCAUGCGCCACCCCGCAGCAGCACAGUCUGUUUAUGUCAUGCGCCACUUGGAAACUGAGGCUCCAACUGACAUCGAUUUUGUGCAUCGCAAAUUUUUCGAUUUUGCCGAUUUCGAUUCUGACACUUCCAUACAUGCUCCUUUUGCGCCCGAGGGUGAAGCUUUAGAGCAGGAGGGUAACGGAGGUCCACUUUUGCUAGAACAGUCGGGCGAGCAAAUUAUAACUGCAGAUGCGGAAGGCGAGCAGGUGGUGAAUAACGCACUAUCUCAACAAGAUCCUUCUCUCGUUUCCUUCGGAGACCCAAAUGAAGCUGGGGCUGGUGCAAGAACUGCAAACACGAAUCAAAUGAACGCCUCCAAAAUCAUCAUUUCUGCGACCACUGGCACCGCCGUGCAGCAAACCAACCCGGACGAGGAAGUUUACACCGAGGAGGACUUUCAGCGGGACCUCGCGCUGUUAAAAGCGUUUCAGGGGUACGGAAACGCGCAAACAUCAGAGGCAAUCAGCUUGGACGCGAUUGUUCGGAGGAAGCAAACGGAGCAGAAGGUGGAGAUUAACUUGUACAAGUUGCGAAAGCAGAAAUUGUUUCAAAUUGAUUCCACGAGUUCUGGGAUGAAGAAGAACAAAAAGUCCUCCUACACGUUCGCGCAAGCCCGGGCGGAGAAGAAAUUGAUCGAGACCUUAGGGCUUACCCCGGAAUUCGCGGCCUGGGUGGUCAAGGAAGUGGCACUUUAUACAAACUUGGAGAAAGAAACGACCACGACGGCGAAGGAAAAUGUUGCAGACGCAGCAAGUACUACAACUCCUGCUGUAGGUGGCGCUGCACCUGAUGCUGAUUCUGGCUCGUCCCCUCCAGGUACAGCAGCAGCCGCAGAAGUUCUUUCAACAAGGCAAGGGUCAAAAGAACAACAACCUAAAGGUGGUUCUUCACACGGAAAAAGCGCACGUCACCACGCCGCCUUUAUGGUGUCCCACGAACAGACAGGGUCAGGCAAUGUUGCAGCCACAACAAGUACAACUUCUGCAAUAGGAGCGGCUGCAACUGGAGGUGCUGCUGAUGGCACUAGCAAUACAAAUCCUAGUACCGCUACUUCAGACGACGAUGACGAUGACAUCGGCUAUUCCGAUAGCGAGGAAGACGAUAAACAGGAAAACAAAUUCGUCGAGUUCGACAUCCACAUUCUCAAUGAACACGCUUCCUGCACGCACAAGGACCACGAGAAACUGGAGGAUAUUUACGACCAUUGUGUUCCCCUCGGACACGAAAUUCACACGUGGGACGAAUUUCAAAGUCUCUUAGAAACGGCGAUCGCGAAGGAAGAAGCGAUAUGAACUGCAAAAAUGUCUGCGUCUGGAAAGUUGUAAUGCUUGGCUGGGAACAGUGAAUUCUCUGUAAUGCACAGCCUUGCAUGAGAAAGGUCUGCGCUGCUUUGUGUUGCGCUUUCUGCAUGACAAGCUGCGUUUUUGCAUGACAGGCAAGAUGAGGCCCCUUUCCUGCUUAUGCAUCACAGAUUUAAGAGUAAUGCCAGACAAGCAUGACAAACGUGCCUUCUUCCAGACCCAGACAUAUUUGCAUUCUAUAAGCGAGAAAGGCCGUGGAAGCGGAAGCGGUCGCGACUUUUACGAGCUCGAUGUAUGGAAGAUCGUUUGAAACCAUUGCGAAAAACCAGGAGAGGCAAAAGAUUCGGAAAGAACGGGAAACGAGGAAAAAUAAACCGGACUGCUGCUACAGUUGCUUGUUUUGUCUGUGUUGCUUUCGGAGGAACAGGAAAGAGGAAACUAUUGGUCCUAAAACGCUGGGAAGGAGGUCGAAGAAGAAGGUCGAGUAGAAAAACGAGUCGACAAGCAAUAAUUAUUCGUCUUCUCCGGUGAAGACAAAAUCUCGUGGUUGUCAGAAGAUUUGGGAACAACCAUCGUGAUCUACUAUUUUCGUUCAUGACACUUCAUUUUAUCAUUUUUUGUAUUCAUGGUAACCAAGCAGGUAACACACUCUAAACUUUGAUUUUGAUAAUUUUACGCUUGUUCAUCAGGUGCAAUUAUUUAUUCUUUGAAACAAGAGCUAUCAGCUCAGCCAAUUCGACAUAUGAGUAUUCAAUAAAUCAACUAUGUUCAUCGCGUUUAACUUUUUACAAGCAUAGCAACCAUUUUGAUUUAAAUUCCAUUACAUGUCUUUGUUUUCAAUUUUUAAUUUUAACAUUCAGUCGCAUGACAGUCACAGUACCAGUAACUUUUGUUCUUAUUUUAACAUUCAGCAUAAACUCGUAUCUAUUUGAAUCUUUCAACCACGCAACACUCUCCCGGUGUAUAGCAGCUCUUUAGCAAGGCCCCAAACAAAAUUUAAAUUUAGCGAUCAACAUUUUAUCCCCCAACGACAGGCAGCUGUGUUUAUCACGUCAGCAAGCUCAGGCAAAGGCACCCUUUAAGAACUUGCGAAGCUAGAAAGUUAGUGCAAAAAUCAUUUUGGAGAGGCGGCAUAAUUCAUCCGAUGACGUGCUUGAUGUCGUGGUACAGCAAGACAUGCAUGCAGCUAACUGUCACACGUAGAAAAUCCCCUUCUUUCAGGAAAUCAGUACCUUUCACAUCGUCCUUAGCCCCCCUAAGGAUGAAAUGCAGAAAAUGAAAAUCAUUAUAGGCACAACUUCGCCGCACCGCCAGUGCCCCCGUUUUCAG